AUGAGUAACGCAAACCUCGUCUCAUGGGGAGCCCCUCGUCUCGCCCAGCUUCUCCCGCUGGACGAGGAAUCUCUCACGCAGAUCAUCACCUACGCUGCUGGUCUCUCCAAGGAAGCCAGCGCCGACCACUUGAAGAAUCUCCUGGGCGACUCCCCUGCGGCUCUCGAGUUCAUUGCCUCCUUCAACUCGCGACGAGAAUCCCAGCGACCCCCUCAGCCCGACAGAUCGCCUGCACGCAGCGGAGGAAACAAUGACGGACCACCGAAGACAGUGAAGAAGGGCAAAAAACCAAAGGCACCACUGCAUAGUGCUGGUCCAGCUCGUCGACCAGAAAAUUUCGGAAAUGUGACGGGAGGAUACAGAAAGGCAGAUAUGGAGGAGGACUACAUUCCCAAAUCACGCUCGCGAGGAAACAAGCAGGAUGCUGGUGCGUCAUCGCUGUCAACUGAGCCUGUGGCUUCCCUUCAACCACCUCGUGGACCAUCGCCCUACGAAUCUUCUGCCCCUUCAUCACGGAAUCCUUCUCCCGCCCCCAAAUCGACGGCCAAGGCCCCGCCAUCCGCUUCGGGACCGGUGAUAUCAGAUAUCCUGCCAAAUGUCAAGUCUAAAGCCGCCAAAGCAUCAUCUCGACCGGCAGGAACAGGGUCAGCAGGCUCGUCCAAGAACUCAUUGACUACCAAUAACAUCUCUGAUCUGACGGCUGCGAUCGCCGCGCUCGAGGUGUCUACGAAUCCGACCUUGGGUGGAGGGAACCAGAAAUGCAACUGUUACGCUUCACUCCAUCCGCUCUUUACUCCUGCCCCGAAUUGUCUCAACUGUGGAAAGAUUAUUUGCUCGCUGGAAGGUCUCCAGCCCUGCUCGUUUUGUGGCACGGCUCUUCUCUCAAAUGAGGAGGUGCAAAGUAUGAUUCGGGAAUUGCGGGCGGAACGCGGCCAAGAGAAAAUGCGCGCACACAAUGAAGGCGUCCACCGAGAGGGAGGGCCAGGUCAAGGACCUGGAUCUGGGCCACAGGACCGUCAGCUUGACGCUGCGAAAGCGCAUCGUGACCGACUGCUAAACUUCCAGGCGCAAAACGCACGACGGACGCGGGUAGUAGACGAGGCGGCUGAUUUCGAGACGCCUAAUGUGGCAUCCACUCUAUGGAUGAGCCCUGCCCAGAGAGCUCUGGCACUGAAGAAACAACAACGAGUUCUGCGUGAGAUGGAGGAAAAGGCACGACCGGAAUGGGAGAAGAAGAAGACUAUCAUGAGUCUAGAUAUCAAGGGUGGCCGGGUAACAAGAGUUUACCAGUCUGCUGGACCUGCCGAAGCUAGUCCAUCUGCAGAAGAGGAGGCAGAGGCAGAGGCAGAAGCCGAGGCCGAGGCCGAAAAAAGUGUUCCCCAUGACGAGGGUAAACGACGUGGUGAAGCGUUCGGCCAUAACCCGCUUCUCGCAGCCGGUGGGUUGCUGCGGCCUGUGUGGAAGGGCCCCGAUGGUAAACAGGCGGAAGGAACUGCACGUAAGGAGAAAAAGCAAACGUGGAGACGAGUACAAGAUGACAAUGACGAUAAUGAACAAUGGAUUCUCGAUGGGGGUCUACACGGUUACACAACUUAG